UGUUUUCAACUUAAAGACCAAAAUUAAAAAAACUUAAUUUCAUCUAAGCACAGAUGGUUAACAAAAACUACUGAAUUAAAAAAAAAAACAGUGGAGUAUGGAUGCAUCAAUGUCGUGCCAUCGGGGCAUAUUGAUAAGUAAACAAUUGUUAUUCUUACUGUUAAGAAUGGAGCAGCUCCAAUUUAAAUUGUUGUCCUCUUUAAAACUGGUCAAGAAAUAUGAAUGGCUUUUGGAUUUUUACAUGCUGGAUUUUUAUAUAGAGGAUCACUGGAAGAAAUUGCCCGAUGUAUGGCAAGAUCACCUGCAAAAUCUCUCUCUGGAGGAGUUGGGUGAAGUCGUUGGAAAUGAAAAUGAGUGCAAUAGUGUCAAAAAAAUCUGGCCUCUAGAGUUUCUGGCUCUAAGGCAAUUGGUGAAGAAUCUGUCCAUAAACCGCAGGACCGUAGAUAGAGUUUUCCCACAAAAUAACAUGUCCUGCCCCCUGUUAGACCAUCGCAAACUCAAGCACAUCUUUCGAAAAUGUGUGAAGCCCAAGAAAUAUCAUGAGAUCACACGAAUGGCAGAGGUUUGCGCCAAAAGCUACCAAAAGAUGUCGGUGGACUUUGUGGUAGAUUUUGGAGCAGGUGUGGGACAUUUGGCACGCAUAUUGGGCUACGGCUAUGGCAUUCAGGUGUGCUGCUUGGAAAUGCAGGAUAAAUUGAAUCAGCAAGCAAUCGCAAUAGAUCACAAAUUGGAAACCAUGGCAAACAAAUUUCUGGAGGACACAGAAAUUGCUCAUUUUAAGCAACCAAAACAUGUAACUCAGUGUCUAACCAGUCGCACUACACCUACUGAAUUCCUUCAGAGUUUACGCCAAGCCUUAAAUUUGAACACUGAUAACUUUCGUUUUGGUAUAAUUGGAUUGCAUCCGUGUGGAGACUUGGGUCCCACACUAAUGAGAAUGUUUUUGGCCUGUAAACAGGCCAAGUUCUUGAAUUUUGUCAGCUGUUGCUAUCAGAAGAUGACUACCAAGACAUUAAAUUCUCAGACAAAUUUGCCCGGAUACCCGCUAAGUAAAUUCCUGCACGGUCAAGAUGAUUUCCAACUUAGUUAUGAAGCGAGAGAAGUAUCUUGUCAUGCGAACGAGGUGUAUUUUGAUCGCCUUACAACUGGACAACAUGAAUACCUGAAGAUUCAUUCGUUACGUGCAGCAGCAGAACGCUUGAUACUCGAAGAGUUCCCCCUCCUGCGGCACUGCGCCCUGCGCAAUGUAAAACAUCAACCAGGCAUGACUUUUGACGAAUAUUUCCGGCAAGCAGUAAAGGGGACGCGUUUCGAAACACUUGACCAACAAAUCUGGACAGAUAAACAGAAAUUGCAAACCCAGGAGGAUUUAAAGAACUGGCGACGCAUCGUUUGCUUAUUUACCUUAAGACUUUUGCUGGCUCCUCUUGUCGAGAGUAUAAUAUUAUAUGACCGCGUGUUGUUCUUAAUGGAGCAUGAUUGUGAAGUACACAUUGAGGCUAUUUUUGAUCCGAGACUGUCACCCAGAAACCACAUAACCAGCGCCAUUAAAAGCUGAUAUUCGCCCAUGGUCUUAUCUGACCAUAAAUUCCAGCUUAUCUCCAACGUAAUUAUGGUUAGCGUAUAUACAUAUAUUAUACAUGUAUCUUUAUUGAAGACAAAAUCGCAUACAAAAGAAUAUUUAAAGUCUA